UACCGCGGGCAUUUCUCUGUUUUUGGGAAGUGCUACAUUUGAUAGGUCUGUGGAAGAAAAGUCCAUGUUGACAGACCAAAGAUCACCGGAGGGGUGACAGCAUUAGCGUAAAAGGACGAGAGGGCCAGCUGACAGAGCUUUGGAACCCCAGCGCUACAAGCACAAGGUGCUUCCCAGCCCCACUGCAGACUCUGCAGCAGAAUGCUGAGGGACUAUCAGGACAUAACCGCCGUGGAUGUGGAGGAGGAAAGUGAAACAUACAUCCGAGCCGCCCCGACCACAUUCCCUUUGAGCCGGUCAUGGACGCACCAGUUCUGCCCAAGACGUCGCUUGGCUCUCAUCCUGCUGGGAGUCGGCAGUGUCCUUGCCAUCACGGCCACUGUACUGAAUGCCAACGGUAGUGCCUUGGGCUCUCGGCUUCAUAGGAUGCAGGAGGCGUUCGGAAACGUCAAUCACACUGCCGCCGUGGAGAUGGCUGCCUUUCAAAGCAGGGAACGAGACACAGUGGCGAAAACAGGGCAACUCGAGGUGUCCGUGAAAAAGAUGACUGAGGAGAUUGAGUCAGCCAGGAAGCGGCUUCUGGCCCAGAUGGCUUUCUUGCGGGUCAUCGCUAGGACAGUCCAUUGCGACCUGGAGGACUUCCAGCAGCACCGGACAGGUACCCAAGUCUGCUGCCCUCCAGGCUGGGUUUCCUUCCGGUCAAACUGUUACUGGGAUUCCAAAGCAGGGAAGUCCUGGGAAAAUGCAAAGAAGGACUGUGAAGAUAAAGAUUCUCACCUGCUGAUCGUCAACUCCUACGAGGAGCAAUUGUUUGUGGCGCAGCGUGUGAGGCCGACGUUCACAUGGAUUGGCUUGACUGAUGCCAGUGGGAGCUGGAAGUGGGUAGAUGGGACGCCAUAUACUGUACGCCAAGAGGACUGGCGUGAAGAACAGCCAGACAACUGGUACGGCCACGGGCUUGGCGGAGGGGAGGACUGCGCCCACAUGCACGACGACGGGCGCUGGAAUGACGACCACUGCUCCCGCGAGUACGGCUGGGUUUGCGAGAUGGAGGCCAACAGUUAAGCGGCGUCCGACUCCUGCUGGAUCUGACCCACGAGGGCCCGUCUGGUUCAGCUCCCUGUUCCACGCAGCAGCCGACUAGUGGCCCUGGAGGGCCAGCACCUGGAGCCCGGGGCCAAAGGCUCUGCAGCCUUCCCUCACAGGAAAGUGCUCUGGGCCCUUCGCCCUCUCGGGUGCCUGCCCCCCUGCCCAUGUCCCUUUCCCUGUCGUCCCUCGACCUGAGAGGACCCUGAGGUCCAGACCACUUGGAUGUGUCCCAGGGAGGGACCUUCUCCUGUUUGCCCACCUUUUGGCUUAUACUGCUCUCAAGACCCGAGGUGCAACUCUCUGGCUUGCUAGUUCAAAUUGGUAUAUUGGGGACAGAUCCUGCAGAUCCACAAAUGGCCAUGCUUUCCUCUUGAGGAGCACCACCGUUGUCAGAAGGGAUCUCUGUGAUCUGCAUCCCCAUUUGCCUCCUUGGUUCCAGUGCGCCCCCCCACCACCACCACAGAGGGACCCAUCGGCAAUGGAUUUCUAUGGCCUUUGUCUUGUCUCUCAGCUUUCCCUGCUUCCGAGCCUUCUGCCCCCCGCCGCCACCCCAUUCCUCUGUCUCAGUGCCUUUGCCCACCUUCCUUCUCCUAUCCUCCCUUUAGUGGCUUCAGAUUUGUGUGAGGAUGUCUCCAAGCCGGAAUGACCUUUCACUUCCUUUACACAAGCUGCACUGUCUGUCAAUAUUGCGUUGCUGACAUUUCCCCCUCAGUAGUCAUGAGACUGGAUGUGACAUUGCAGUAGUUUGCUGAAGAGAAGGCUCAUUCAGGCAGCUGGUGUCUUAGGAGGCCGCAUGAGCGCCUGAAGUUGCCUCUCAGGGCCAGUCUUGUCUCCUCUGACUGGCAAUGGCUCUCCAGGGACUCACGCAGAUUCUUUCACAUCAGCUGCCACCUGGUCCUGUUGCCUGGAGAUGCUGCCCGGGGCUGAGGCAGAGACCUUCCAGGUGCAAAGCGGGUGCGGUCACUGAUCCACGGCCCCUUCUCCAGGAGUGGUUUUCUGUUUUGCAGUCUUUGCAGCAGCAAUGCCCCCCCCCUCCACAUGGCAUCUGUUCCACCCGCUCCCACCAGUGGGCUUUUUGCCAGAAACAGGGCACUGGUGGUAGGUAUGUCUUUUUAAAAAAUAGCAAAAAGCAGUGUGAGAAACCCACACCUUCUGCCCCAUGAGCAUCCCAGGCUGACUUUGGGUCUGAUCUUCCCAGAACGAGCAGGCAAAGCAAGUUUGGGAAACCUCACAGGAGAACUGGGGGGGAACGGGAGGGUGGCUCUCGUGUGAAGUGAGCUCUCGGGCAGCUUCUGGCGUAUGUUAUAUUGGAUCCAGUCUUGAAAAAUCAAUAUACAGUUUUUAUCCAAGUGAGGUGCAUUUUGUGCGACCUGCCCUUGGGGGGUCUCCCGCUCCCUUUGUCCGUAGCCCAGGCUCUCCCUACGCUGCAUCAAAUACAACUCUGUAAUCCACAAAGUGGAAAUUGUGCUUUCAGAAUAAAUUAUAUGCACAUUUA